GUACCAGCGUGAUUCAGCUCGAUGGGAAUGCCACCAGGCGGUUACGUGACAGCUGUUCCGAAUAUAAAACUGGCUACACGGUUUCUCCCGCCAGCAGUGGUCGAGAAAACCAUUCCUCUGCCUUUCUAGGGGUGCUACCGAGGCAGCUUUUCAGCCGCCAUCCACUCAGUACCCAGACACUGCGUUUGUCACCGUGUGGUCCACUAUGUCCGGCCGGGCACCAGCAGGCAAGGCUACGAAGACAACGAAGGCAAAAUCUCGAUCUUCGCGUGCUGGACUUCUGUUCCCGGUGGGUCGCAUCCACCGCCUCAUGAGCAAAGGCCACUACGCAGACCGUAUCGGGGCCGGCGCACCGGUCUACAUGGCGGCUGUGCUGCAGUACCUGACGGCCGAAGUGCUCGAGCUGGCGGGAAACGCGGCUCGGGACAACCACAAGACGCUUAUCACGCCCCGCCAUUUGCAGCUGGCCGUGCGUAACGACAAGGAGCUCAGCAAGCUGCUGUCGGGCGUGACCAUAUCCGAGGGCGGCGUGUUGCCUAACAUACCCCUGGAGCUACUCCCGAAGAAGUCCGGCGCAAGUCAGCUGCACCAGAACGGCCCCUAAGGCGCCGAUGCGGCUGGUGGAAGCCAGACGUACUAACCGGGCGCUCCGUAAAACGGUAGCGCAGGCCGAAUAAAUUAGGUCUA